ACAUAUUCUAUUUCUGGUGUUCGUUCGACAACUCUUUGUUGAGUUCAAAAUUUUAAGUAACAUUUUUCUUCUAAUAUUUAACAUAAACAUAAAGUCCUGGUCAAUGCGGACCGGUCUGCGACCAACCAAUUUCGCUGUAGCGAUUAAAUACCAAAAAAAAAAAUAAACCAAUAUUACAUGGUUAUAUUACUGACGACCGAUGUUCACCUGAGUUUUAUCAGUUAUGUCAAAGAAAUCAAGUAAAACGGAGAGGCUGCUCAAUCUAGCGGACUUUAGUUUUUUAGAACUAAAGGCUGAACUCAAUAGCAUUCUAAAGGUUAAAAGCCGUGAAAAGCUAAAUUUGGUCGAGAACGAGCCCGACUUCUGGAAAUUUGUAAAGAAAUAUGAGUGCAUUUUGCGCAGUAUGGGCCAGACAGUGCUUCCACAAGUGUUGCCGGAGCUAGAGCUUCUAAGACCACAGCUAUAUCACAUUAGCAAGCACCUGGCUAUUCAUCUGAAUGAGCGUGCUUUACCCCAAGAACAAGAUAACAUUAGCGAGGUUCAAUCGCAAUUCCAGCAGCUACUGGUCAUCUACCUUGAUUUCAAACAGAAAGAGAAGCUUAAACGUAUUAAGAAACUGCGCCAUGCACAGAGAAAUUUACCGAUUGCCCGAUUCAAGGAUGAUUUGCAUGCGGCAAUGGGCUUGUCCCGUGUGGUCAUUAUUGCCGGCGACACGGGAUGCGGAAAAUCCACACAAGUUCCGCAGUUCCUCUUUGAUUUUGGUUAUCGCAGCAUAGUGUGUACUCAACCGCGACGCUUGGCAUGCGUGUCGCUGUCGAAGCGUGUGGCCCAUGAGCUGCUGGAAGAGUUCGGCAGUAAGGUGGGAUUCCAGAUUCGGUUCGAGCGAAGGAAAACAAAGCAGACGAACAUACUGUUCAUCACGGAAGGUCUGUUACUUCGCCAACUUACGAUUUCUUCUAAUCUAGAUGACUAUGACGUCCUCAUUCUGGACGAGAUACACGAGCGGAAUCUCUUUGGAGACUUCCUUCUAGGUGUGAGCAAAUGUCUGCUGCGGAGCAAGCCACAGCUAAAACUAAUCCUUAUGUCGGCCACCAUCAAUGUGGAACUGUUCCAAUGUUACUUUAAAGAGGAGGGGGCUCGGUUGGUGCAGGUGCCGGGACGGGUGUUUCCCAUAAAACUGCGCUACAUUCCCCCCCCAACGAUGGAGUUAAAAGCCGGCCAAGCCACGGUGAGGUCUAAUCGUUCGCAGGGAACGCGCAUCGACCCAGCUCCAUUCGUGCAAGUUCUUAACCUGAUCGACCAGCAAUAUCCCUCCACCGAGCGCGGUGAUGUGCUCAUUUUUGUAAGCGGCGUUAGCGAGAUCGACACCAUCUGCGAGGCUAUCCAGGAGUACGCCACCCAGCAAACACACUGGAUCGUUCUGCCACUUCACAGUGGACUGGCACUAUCCGAGCAAGACAAGGUUUUCGAUUAUGCACCCGAAGGCUCGCGCAAGUGCAUAGUAUCCACGAAUAUUUCCGAAACUUCGCUUACUGUGGACGGUGUGCGGUUUGUAGUCGAUUCGGGAAAAGUCAAAGAGAUGAGCUAUGAUGCAGCGUGUAAGGGACAACGCCUGAAGGAGUUCUGGGUUUCCAAAUCAUCGGCAGAACAGCGUAAAGGUCGCGCAGGUCGCACAGGACCAGGACUCUGCUUUCGCCUCUACUCACAGCAGCAAUUUGAUGCGUUCGAUCCGUAUCCUGCUCCGGAAAUCUACCGCGUCCCUUUGGACACAAUGUUGUUGCAAAUGGUAACCAUGGGACUGCCCGACGUCAGGGCCUUUCCCUUCAUUGAGCCUCCAGAACCAGAGCGCAUCGAACAUACCAUUCUAGCACUAAAGCAGCAAGGCGCCAUUAGCGUUGAGGAGAAGAUCACCCCAUUAGGAAGCUCAUUGAGUAACCUGCCAGUGGAACUAUCCAUUGGCAAAAUGCUGCUAAUGGGCUGCUUUAUAUUUGUUAUUGUGGAUCAGCUGUUGACACUUGCCGCCAUGCUUAGCGUGCUAAAUCCGCUUACCAGUCGUGCGUACACAAACCCGCGCUGCGAACGGGAGCGUCAGCCUCUGGAAUCGUCGCAGGGAGAUCUCUUCACUCUGAUGAGUGCCUACCGUGAGUGGCUGAAGUUGAAAAUAGCCCGGGAGAAUACCAGAGGCAUUGAGGAGCAACGUUUCUAUGAGGUCAGCAAGCUGCGCCAGCAAUUUCAGCGUAUCUUGGACGGCAGUGGCAUGGCUCCGCCCAGCACUUCCGGUCCGCUGACUAGUGCCGAAAGAGCCAGACGGCACGGUGAAGUCCGCCAAUUAAAGACUCUCAAGCGGCGCCAGCGGUUUGAGCAGCCCCGACACCCCAAACUACUCAAGAAUCAGCAUAAGGGCAUGGAGCAGCAUGGAGGGCAGUACAACAAGCCGGAUGAGAGCAGCGAGGACAUGCGCGAUGUGGACUUUUGCUUGCGUCACGAUGGCCGCCAGCUCGCCCUACUUCAGCGCUUGUCAUGUCUAGACCGCAACAGGGGCAUGAUUUUGCUGAAGCUGCUACUGGUAAGCGGUUUCUACCCCCAACUGGCCAUCGGUGAUGAGUUCAACUACUGCAAGGGAGGGGGGCAACAGUUCUUUCACACCCGACUGAAAUCAUUCCUCUCUCUGCAUCCGAACUCCCACUUCGCCAAGUACCACGAUUGCCUUAAGCUCGCCGAAAGUGAGACUCGCUUCGGUAUGAACUACUCGACGUAAGCAAACGGUCACCGGGUGUGUGAAGAGGAUAAACCGAUACGCUAGCUAUGCUUGCUUCCAAACUGUGUCUACCAGAAGCUGCUCACCCACACGGACCUUUUCCCUGUUCCUGGCAGCGGAAUGAAGCUGCUGUGCCGUUCAAUCAAACUUCGACGCCUUUGGAGCAGGCUGCUGUAUAACAAGCUUCAUGAGCUCAACAAUAGCGACACAGCUCCAGCUAUUACUGACAAAAACGUCACGCUUUGUCACGAGCUUAUCGACUUCAUGGGGCUGGAUGUGCCGUACGCCGUGAGUCGACUGCUGCCAGCUGAUCGCAGGAGGAUUUACACACACCAAUAUCCAAAAACACUACUUGAAGAGCUAAAGAAAAAACCCUUUGCCAUUGACUAUCCCCUUAGUCCCAACAUGGCAAAGGGCGGCAUCAACGUCUCUGAACACGUCGUAUACGGUUGUCUGGCGGGCCAGCCGUGGACACUGGCUAUGCAAGCUGCCCUCCAGGAACAAGCCUGGCAAUGCCCAAAAUGUGACUUUAAGUUACAAAAUGUUGAUGUGCUCAAACAGCUGGUGCAUCGUCUACAUUGUGAGGAGGUACCGAGACGUCUUAAGCCUGGCGGCUCAGUAAAGGUACAGCAGUUAUCCACAGCCCACAUUGCGUCUAACGCUGGGCACUACUUUUGUAGGAGCUGUAAACGCCAUUUGAAUAUUUUCCCAAUCGACAUUUUACGACAUAUACGGCAGUGUGUGAAAUACGAAAAAUAAUGCAACUUGAAAGCAUAACGCUAGUUUAUGGUUGACUCGUCAGCCUGGACGUCAUCCAGUCAAUGUACAUAUAUUUAUUUGAAUUACAACUACAUUAUUUUAA